AAGUCACGUUACCAAAGAAGGAGGAAGUCAAGGCAUUAUGGGAUAUGUUUAUCAACCAACGCUAAUGACUUUUGCGCUAUCUAACGUUAAUGUUUUCUGGACAAUGCAUUAGUGGAUGGGUUGCGACUAUAUCUAUGCAUGGUAUCUCUUCUACGGGGAGAUGGCAGGGCAUCUGUUUUCUGGUUGACCUCUCAAAUGCUCAGGGGCAAGGCUCAGAGGGCGGCUAGCUCUUGUGUUGGAUUUGCCACACAGGUCGGCACUGUGCAGAGGUGUGAGGAGUCCGGAAUUCAGGAUGUUGGCCCGGAAAGGGCUCUUACCGGACGGGUUCCUCCUGACCCGGCUGGCUGAGGAUGCCACCCAUCCCAACUGGUUCCGCUCCAAGUCCCAGCGUGCCCGCUUCAUCACUAAGAGUGGCUCGUGCAACGUGGCCCACAAGAAUAUCAGGGAGCAGGGGCGGUUUCUUCAGGAUGUCUUCACCACCAUGGUGGACCUGAAGUGGCAGCACUCUCUGCUGAUCUUCACCUCCGCCUUCCUGUGCUCCUGGAUGCUCUUCGCCAUGGUGUGGUGGCUGAUCGCCUUCGCUCAUGGUGACCUGGAGCCCCGCGACCCUGACAGCGUCGGACAUGUGCCCUGUGUGACCGCCAUCCACUCCUUCACGUCCGCCUUCCUCUUCUCCAUCGAGGUACAGGUAACCAUCGGCUUCGGCGGACGCAUGGUGACGGAGGAGUGCCCGCUGGCCAUCACGGUGCUGAUAAUCCAGAACAUUCUGGGGCUGAUCGUCAACGCCGUGAUGCUGGGCUGCGUGUUCAUGAAGACGGCACAGGCCAACCGCCGCGCGGAGACGCUUAUCUUCUCCCGCAACGCCGUCAUCGCCCCGCGCAAUGGCCGGCCCACCUUCAUGUUCCGUGUGGGUGACCUCAGGAAGAGCAUGAUCAUCUCCGCCACCAUCCAGCUGCAGGUGAUCCGGCGCACGGUGACGGCUGAGGGGGAGGUGAUUCCGGUGUGUCAGCUGGACAUCCAGGUGGAGAAUCCGCUGCGGAGCAACGGCAUCUUCCUGGUGUCUCCGCUCAUCAUCAGCCACACCAUCGAGCGCGGCAGCCCACUCUACGAGAUCUCCGCCCAGUCCCUGACUACCGAGGACCUCGAGAUCAUCGUCAUCCUUGAGGGCGUGGUGGAGACGACGGGCAUCACUAUGCAGGCGCGCACCUCCUACACGCCCGAGGAGAUCCUGUGGGGUCGCCGCUUCGUGUCCAUCAUGACUGAGGAGGAUGGCCGCUACUCCGUCGACUAUUCCAAGUUCGGCAACACGGUGCCCGUGCGCAUGCCCGCCCUGAGCGCCAAGGAACUAGACCAGACGCGCGGCGUGCAGGAGAGCGGACCUUCGGAAGGCCAACCGCAGGGCUGGGGGCUGGUGCGGGCUGGCCGCGGGGGGUACCGACGCGGGGGCAGGGCUUGUGACGGUGCCGCAGCCUCCAGACCCUGGUACGCGCCAGCCGAAAAGGAGGAAGACAAGAGCGCCCAGAAGAAGACCGUUAAGCUGGAGGAGAUCGGGAGGGAGAUCCGUGACGAGUCCAUUGAGGAGAUGAGCGACUGAGACCACAUCUCACCAGGAGGUCCGUCUGACCAUGCACAACAGAUCUCCAGCCACAUCUGACGAGAAAGUCCAUCUGAACGUGCACAACAGAUCCCCAGGCACAUCUAAACGUGCACAUGCUGAUGCGAUAGUUUAUCAUAUCAUGUGUAUCAUAUCAAACAUACUGUCUGUUUAGUCGCAUUUGUAUGUUGUUGUUGUUGUCGUUGCUGUUGCUGUCAUCGGUAAUAUUUCUUUAUAUUUCUGCAAUAUAUUUCUACAGUAACUGGACCAAAUCCACUCAGACACAAUCCGUUCCCAUGUAAACCACAUGUCUCAGAGGUUCUUCAGAUACAACACCUGCUCACCUGUUUAUAUUUUUGCAUUCCCUGGACCCUUUAUAACCUGCCAUCAACCAGACUUGUUAGAACCACUCAGUCGUUCCAUCUAUUGGACCUGCUAGAACCUGCCAGUCAUUCCACCCACUGGACCCUUUAGAACCUGCCAGUCAUUCCAUCUACCGGACUCAUUAAAACCUACUGGUCGUUCCGUCCACCAGACCCGUUAGAACCAGCUGGUCAUUCCACCUACCGGACCCGUUAGAACCUGCCAAUCAUUCCAUCUACCGGACCCGUUAGAACCUGCCAGUCGUUCCAUCCACCAGACCCAAUAGAACCUGCUGGUCAUUCCACCCACUGGACAUGUUAGAACCUGCCAGUCGUUACACCCACCGGACCUGUUAGAUCCUGCCAGUCGUUGCAUCCACCGGACCUGUUAGAACCUGCUGGUCAUUCCAUCCAUUCUUUUGUCUAUCAGCUGAUUAGUUCUCACAUAGUCUACUAUGUUCCCAGGAGAGCGAUAUGAAUGUUGCUUAGUGUCUCCUUAGAGUUCCCUACUGUACUGUACUGUGAUAUGUAUUUAUUUAUUUAUGUUUUUAUUUAUGUAUUUAUUGAUUGUUUAUUUAUUUGAAUAAAUACAGUAAAUUGUG